AUGGACAGCUCCCCGGGCGCCCUCGCUCCGAACGGCUCGCAGAGUCUCGCCGACGCGCCGGGCGCCGGUCUCUCCGGCCAGUUUUCCACCACCUGGACCAUCGCCUUGGCGGUGCUGAUGGCUUUGCUGAUCGUGGCCACGGUGGUGGGCAACGCACUGGUGAUGCUGGCCUUUGUGGUGGACUCCAGCUUGAGGACGCAGAACAAUUACUUCCUCCUGAACCUGGCCAUCUCCGAUUUCCUAGUAGGUGCCUUUUGUAUUCCACUGUAUGUACCCUAUGUCCUCACGGGAAGAUGGGCCUUCGGGAAAAGCUUUUGCAAACUCUGGCUGGUGAUGGAUUAUCUAUUGUGUACCACUUCAGUCUUCAAUAUCGUUCUGAUUAGUUAUGACCGAUUCCUCUCUGUGACCAGAGCGGUCUCCUACCGAGCUCAGCAAGGCGACACCAAGCGAGCCGUAUUCAAGAUGGCGAUGGUCUGGCUUUUAGCUUUCUUGCUCUAUGGACCUGCAAUUAUCAGCUGGGAAUACAUAUCUGGGCGGAGCAUCAUUCCCGAUGGGGAAUGCUAUGCAGAAUUUUUUUACAACUGGUACUUCCUCAUUACGGCCUCCACCAUUGAAUUCUUCACCCCUUUCAUCAGCGUGACGUUUUUCAACUUGAGCAUCUACCUGAACAUACAGAAACGGACCAAGUUCCGCCUGGAGGUCCUUCACGACAGCCAGAAUUUCGUGGAGGAGACCGGAAUGAACACGGGGCCCAAACUUUCCAUGAAAUGCUGUAGGUGGGAAGAAAAAGAUCCAGGAAGCCUGACGCUUCCGAAAUGGGACAUCCCAGAAAAAGACGCUGGAGGAAGUAUUAACGCAAAGUAUUCACAGGACUCCAACGCGGGACGAAAAUCUUCUAGCAAAAGGAAUGAUAAAGACUGGGCAGCCAACCUUUCUUUGGAGAAACAGAGUGUGACCCAACGAUUCAGACUCACUAGGGACAAGAAAGUAGCAAAAUCACUAGCUGUCAUUGUGGGGAUUUUUGGCCUUUGUUGGGCACCAUACACACUUCUCAUGAUCAUCCGGGCUGCUUGCCAUGGUCACUGUAUCCCUGUGUAUUGGUAUGAAGCUUCCUUCUGGCUGCUAUGGGUUAAUUCGGCCAUCAACCCCGUCCUUUAUCCACUCUGUCACUACAGCUUCAGGAGAGCUUUUGUUAAACUCUUGUGCCCAAAGAAACUGAAGAUCCAGCCCCAUAAUUCUCUCCAGAAAUGCUGGAAGUAA